AUGCAUUGGUUAUUCAUAAGUUCUGCCGCUCUUUCGUCAUUCCUCCUAUCCUCAGCUUUAUUUCACGGAAAUGUUGACCACGGCCACUGGAACGAACUCCGAGGGCUCACCCACAACACUACGUACAACGUCUCGGCAAAGAAAGUAAGCCCUCCUCUUGUCAUCGAUACUUUCCAACAGCCAACCCACAACGACCUAGGAUUCUGGCACGGCGCCGGUGAAAACCUAUCCGUACAACAUGGACCGGGCUUCAUUCGUCUGUUCCCAACAGACCCGGACCAGAACUUCCACACACAGUUCGAUUCCAACACCUGCUAUAGCCUUCUACCUUGGUUCAACGAGUACCUGCAUGUUAUCUUUGAGGGCACGGAUCAAUUCAGCGUCUCUUUCAAUCAACACAACGACGAAUGCAACCCGAGACGUAGGCCCUUCCCCGGCGUUGCAGACUCCGUCCAGGCGGACCGGUAUGUAGUUCGUCCUACCACCGAGGCCUAUGGGAAAGAUGAUGAUUGGGACGACGAUGAUGAUGACGAUGACGAUGACUGGGAUGACGACGACGAUGAUACGGACGCGGAUGCUUGGAAGAAAAAACACAAGCAUAGAAAAUCAAAGGGCGGUCAACGUAAGGCCCCCAAAGGCCAUGCUGAACUUCCAAAUGGACGUCGUGAGCUUUAUAUCCCUCUGACCCACUUUCAUAUCGAUUUCAAUCGUGUCGUCUCGGUUUCGUUCCAUGGAUUCUAUACCAAUGAGGCUAUUACUCUGCAUCAUGUGGAGAUCGUGCCUGAUAUUCCAAUGCCGUCGCGGGAAAAUGGUCGCUAUCAUAUACCUGGAAAGCUGCCUAGUGGGAGACUGGUUCUCCGUUGCUCCCGUCCAAAUUCCUUUGCGUUUGGUAUCGAUGAUGGACAGCCCCAGUUCUCUCAGCGGGUCAUGCGCAUCCUUGACGAGGAGGAUGUUCGGGUUACAUUCUUCGUUGUCGGGGCUGGACUCAGGGAUCGGUCGAGCAAUUUCACGGAGUUCUAUAAGGAGAUGUUGAAGAAGGGGCACCAAGUGGCGCUCCAUUCGAACACACAUCCAAAGAUGGAAUCAUUGAGAACCAUCCGUGAGAUCGACGAUGAGAUUAUUCAGGCUGUGCAAGUGUUCAAACAUCAGCUCAACAUCGAGUCUUCAUACUUCCGCCCGCCAUUCGGUACAGUAGCUGCCCGGCUGCGCCAGGAGCUAGCCCAACACAUUUCAAACCCGUACAUUGUGAAUUGGAGUGUCGACGUUGAAGACUGGCUAUGGGCAAAUACGUCCACCCCAGAGAAGCAGCUCGAAGCCUUCUACCGCGGUGUGGACAGGGGCGGGAAUCUUGCCGUCAUGCACUACCUGAAUCCGACUACCAUUGGGUACCUACCGGAGUUCAUUCGACAUAUCAAGAACGCUGGUUACCGCAUCAUGCGAAUUGAUCAGUGUCUGGAGGAUCCAUCCGCUCCACCGUUGUGA